AUGUCAUCGUCUACCGCAGGUCAACCGUCCCAGCCACAGUCUUCCACCAACUCGCCCACGUACUUCGAGCAGCAGCGGGAGGAACUGGUGAGGGAGAUUGCGCUGAGCCUCGAACAGGUCCUCCAAAACAUCAACAGUUUAAACCGAAAUCUAGAAAGCGUCAUAACGGUCGGCAACGAAUUCUCCUCCGUAGAGGCGCUAUGGUCCCAAUUCGAGACGGUGAUGGGGAGCAGCAAUGAGAAUGAGAAUGAACAUGAAAGUGAAAAUGCGCUACAUGACGGUGGCGGCGACGGCGACGGGAAACAUGACAACAACCAUAAUGACGAGCACGGAGAUGAAUGUGGUGAAAGGUGUCAUGGGGAUGAGGAGGAUGGCAAUAGGACAUGA